GCCCAUGUGGACAGCAGCAGCAGUGGCUCCGAUCAUUCCGCGUUGAGGCCCUUCCUCGUGCUCUCUCUUGUGAAUAAAGACUUUCGUAAAGAUAAUCGUGUGUGCACCGUGAAAAUCAUCGCAGCAUGGCGGACUUGGACGAUUUCUUUGCGAAGAAAGACCGCAAGAAAGCGAAGGGAAGGAAGUUCACUACCACCGACGAGAUAGCGAAGAAAUUAGAGGAGACGGGAAAGUGGUUGGGAAAGUCGAAAACGAAAGACAAACCAACGAACCCUGAGGUCGAGGAGACUCAGCAAACCGAGGAUGAAGACGAAUGGAGAGAGUUUGAAGAAGAGAAGAAGGAUUAUACUGGCUUGAAAAUAGGAAACUUAACAGUUAAUGAGACUUUAGAUGCAGAAUCCGAUGAUGAGAAAGGCACAGGAGAUAAUAGUUCAGAUGGAGAAUCUGGAGAAGGUGGUGGAAAGCACUCAGGGCCAUGGAAAAAACCAGAACAUCCUCCACAACCUGUAGUAACAGAAGCAGCCCCACCACCUCCACCAGUUACUUCAGGAAGUAGUUAUAAGCCACCUCACUUAAGAAACGUUCAACCUGUAGCCUCUAGUCCCAGAUUGGGACCAGGGAGGAAUAUUGCGCCGGAUAUACAUAGCGAAGAGUACUUCCCAACUUUAAAUUCUAAGCAGCAACAGAGCAACGAACCCACUGGACCAUGGGGCAGGCGGAAACGAGAUGAAGGUGUGUUCGAAGAAGUCCGUAACAGAGGAGGAAGUAGAUCGUACGUGCCAGAACAGGUACAAGCGCCAAAGCUAACCCUGGGUAACAAAUACGGUGCCCUGUCGCAAGAUCAAAGCUGAAAGCAUCUCCCCUGACUCAAUCAAAUGACAUACAAUCAAUAUUGCGUCAUCGCCUCUCUCCGUUUCGUGGCCCAGCUGCGCUAUAAAGUAUCUUUUCUAGGAUAGAAAGCAACAAACGUGUAUCAUCAUACGCAUCACAAUCACGUACAUGCCCUAGUUUUGAAAGGCCCAGGCUGAAUGUCAGUUUUGCUCGAUCAAGGUUCCGGCUGCGUCGAGCCGGAAACAUCCUAAACCACCGGGAAGCACGAACGUGCUCGCGGAGCUUUAUUUUCGUACGAGAAAUAUGCUCAAAUGUUUAGCACCAGUUUUCUAUUUAAUUUUUUUAAUCAACGUAGACCGUAAGCGAACAAUGGUAAAUAGGAAGGGAUUCGUUAGGCGAACCGGAAGUCGGGGUAGGGACACUGGACGGAAGAGUUUGCGCGACCGCACUGUUUACGCGCACGGUGCUGUUUUCAUUUGGCGCGUGUAUGCUUUAUUGGUCAUGUUCGAUCGCGUUCGAGAUAACACGGGAAUAGAGAUUAGGGCACUAGGAUACUCAGACAUGACAACCACGAUAAGAAGAUACACGAGACAUAUUUAUAUUUUACGAGGGGAACUCGUUUAGCGAAACGAUUGCGGGGAAAUCGAUCGAUCGCCCUUUCGAAAACAACGAUGAUCCCGCUUGGGCCGUCUUCUAUUCGAAAGUUAUCGUUCCGCUCAAGGUA